CAUCACGCUUCACCUCACCUGCUUCUCCACGCACUGAGGUUCUUCCCAAAAGAGAAAAAGAAGAAGAAGAAGAUGCCUCUCCAAUCUUCUCUGUCCGGCAGGGACUCCAGCUCGGGCCAGGCUGAGAGCACGCAGUCAGAUGGGAAAUCCUUUGAGCAGCUGAGGCAUGAAUGUCUCCUAAAGGGGGUCCUGUUUGAGGAUCCGGACUUUCCUGCCAAUGGCUCCUCGCUCUUCUUCAGCCAGAGUGUUCCUGUGCAGAUUGAAUGGAAGAGGCCCCGGGAGAUCUGCAAAAACCCAAAGUUCAUCUUAGAUGGCGCAGACAGAACAGACAUUUGCCAAGGACAGCUCGGGGACUGCUGGCUGCUGGCAGCUAUUGCUUCUUUGACCAUGAAAAAAGAAGCCCUGGCCAGAGUCGUACCCCCCGACCAGGACUUUGAUAACAGAUAUGCCGGCAUCUUUCACUUCCAGUUCUGGAACCACAACAGAUGGCUGGAUGUGGUUGUGGAUGACAGACUGCCAACAGUGAGGAAUCAACUCAUCAUGCUUCACUCUGCCUCCCAAAAUGAGUUCUGGAGUGCUCUGCUGGAGAAAGCCUACGCCAAAAUGCAUGGCAGCUAUGAGUCCCUGAAGGGCGGCAGCACGAUGGAGGCCAUGGAGGACUUUACUGGUGGCGUGGGCGAAAUGUACGAAACCAAGGCUGCUCCGAGCAACUUGUUCACGAUCAUGAAGAAGGCCCUGGAUCGAGGCUCAAUGAUGGGAUGCUCUAUUGAUAUCACCAGCUCUGCAGAGUCUGAGGCCAAGACAUCCACGGGCCUGGUGAAAGGACAUGCAUACUCCAUCACAGGCCUGGAGGAGGUGAAUGUCAGAGGUCAGAAGGUGCAGCUGAUCCGGAUUAGAAACCCCUGGGGAGAGGUCGAGUGGAACGGUGCCUGGAGUGACAAUUCCAGAGAGUGGAAUUAUAUUGACACGGCAGAAAAAACUCGCAUACUGCAGAAUUCAGCUGAAGAUGGUGAAUUCUGGAUGGAAUUUGAGGACUUCAGGAGAAACUACGAUAAAGUGGAGAUUUGCAACAUGACUCCUGACUCCCUGACUGAUGACACAAAGCAACAGUGGGAAGUCACCGUGUUUGAGGGAAACUGGAUCCGUGGCUCCACUGCUGGAGGCUGCAGGAACUACAUUGACACAUUUUGGACCAACCCUCAGUUCAAGCUGGCGCUGGAAGAUACUGAUGAUGAUGAUGAUGUGUGCAGUGUGGUGAUCGCGCUGAUGCAAAAGAACAGACGAAAACUGAGAAAAGAAGGCCUGGACAUGGAGACCAUCGGCUUUGCAGUGUAUGAGGCUCCAGAUGGUGAGGACCAUGUGGGGAAAGAUUUCUUCCGUUACAAUGCAUCCAAGGCUCGCAGCAGAACCUACAUCAACUUGCGGGAAGUGGCAGAACGUUUCACACUGCCUCCUGGAAAAUACCUGGUGGUCCCCACCACUUUCCAGCCCCACCAUGAGGCUGACUUUCUUAUCCGUGUCUUCUCUGAGAAGAAAGCUGAAGCUUUAGAGAUGGGAAGCAAAGUUGAUGCUGACCUGCCAGAUCCACCCAUGCCGAGCCCUCCAGAGGAGGAGACGGCUGAGGAGAAAGGCCUCAGAAGACUGUUUGACCAGCUGGCUGGUGAGGACCAGGCCAUUUCUGUCACAGAGCUUCAGCAGAUGCUAAAUGGUGUCCUCAGCAGGAGAAAAGAGAUCAAAUGUAACGGCCUCAGUCUCAGCACCUGCCACAGUAUCAUCAACCUUAUGGAUGUGGACAAUACAGGAAAGAUUGAGUUCCAAGAAUUUAAAGUCUUCUGGGAGAGGAUGAAGAAAUGGCUCAUGCUCUUCCUAUCCUUUGACACAGACCGGUCAGGAACGAUGUCAUCCUAUGAGCUUCGCUCCGCUCUCAAAGCUGCAGGCAUGCAACUGAACAACCAGCUCCUGCAGCUGAUGGGACUGAGGUAUGCUAACGAGAGCCACGAGAUUGACUUUGAUGGCUACCUCAACUGCAUCGUCCGUCUGGAGAACAUGUUCAGAGUUUUCCAGGCUAUGGACAGAUCAAAUAGGGGACGGGUGAGAAUGAACAUCAUGCAGUUCCUGAUGUUGUCGAUGAACAUAUGAGGAGAAACCGAAAGGAAACGGAGACCGGCAGAGGAGCGAAACACAACAGACCAUCUCAGAGUGAAAGGCCUUGAAUAAUCAGGCUGAUGCAUGUUGAUAUAUAGACUCUGCCAUGUUUCAGGUUCUGUGCUGUUAUUUGAACAUGUAAUGUUAAAAUACACUGCCUGAGCUAAAGUUUUCGAAUGGGGGUGGUUUAUAGUUUUGGUCUCAGUCAUGAGUCCACCUGCAGGUAUUCACUGCCACUGGCAACGGUACAAGUCUGUGAGCUAAAUUCAGCAACCACUUGUGUAGGACAGCUGGGAGUAUAAAGCAGCCAAGUUGAAUUAAGAUGAAAAUCUUAAGAUAAGUGUGACUGCACAUCCUGGGACUGGAAUAGGAACACUUUUGAGCUUGCCCUAGAAUUUUAUCCAUAUGUCACAACGUCCAGCAGUUCACAGGGAAAAGGAUGAUAAACAAUCAGUUUGGCAAAGAUUACAGUACAAAGUACAAACACUGGGGAAAAGGGGGAGAAAAAAAGGAUAUGCAUGUGCCUUAAUUUGAAAAACGAGCUGUCACAGGAAGGCAAGCUUCUCCUUGGGUUCCUUGACCCUCCACACCCCAAAAAAAAAAGUAAGUUCUCAGAAUUCAAGUUAGCAGUGAGCACAUGAAUGAACUCAAGCGUGCCAUAAGCAGAAAUUCUCCCGUGCCUGCUGGUGUCUUGGUACUACACAGACAGCUGCUGAAUUUGUGCUUAGACUGCAAACGGCAGUGAAUACCUGCAUGUGCGCCAUGACAGAAGUCUAACACUUUAGUGCUUAAACUAAAGUUUGCUGACUUAAGCUUUUGGACAAAGUAUUGGUUUAUUUUUCUGCUCCGUGCUUGAAUGGGAAUGAUUUUAAUAUAAAAUAUAAUAAAACUUUGCUUUUGUCUUUCCUCUUCCAUUAUUCAUCUCAGAACCGCUCAAAUGUAUCUUGUGAGAGCUUGGAGGCUAAAUCAAGCCAGAUUUUUGGUGGAUUUGUUAUCGUGCACUUUUACAUUGUUGUAAUUUGACU